UCAGUGAUUUACGUAAUAGAGUUGGUCGGCACCAGACGUAACUACCCGUAUCUCGACUUUAUUUUCUGCUAGGGAUUGCGCAGAAUACACAGGUCUUUCCUGAAUCCGAGAUCCUUAGCGAACUCGACAUCUUGAUCUGAGUUCCGUACUACUGGUGAUAUAGCAACCCUGAAGAUGGGAUUCAGACAAGGCGCUGUUCUUGCAUCGUGCUCUUUUUUUCUUGGAGUCCUUUUCAUAUGCUUCUUCGUUGAUUACCGCAUUCUACAUCAGAAAUUGACAGAGGAAAUUAUUGAAGACGGCUUCCAAUUCUAUACAACUUUCUUCAAUGCACCACCCGCAAUUAAGGCGGUGCUACAUGGCUUCAUGGGGGUUGGCAUUUUAGGGCUUGUUGCAAAACUGCACAAAUAUGAUGAGAGCGCCAUCUUCUUUGAUGGAUCGAGUCUGGUGGCAUACAUUUUUGCAGUCGCUGUCUACCUUGCUGUGUCAGUUCCGUCUUUACGAACCAUUGUCACCCCCGUAGAUAUCGAUACGCGUGCGGACCGUAUCGAAGCCCUGCGAAUACUCUCAGCAGGCAACACCAUCAUGAUGGUAGUCCUCGGUGCAAUUCUUGUCCUCCAGGGCGGACAGGAGUACGCACGCCGCGCAGAGGCUAAAGAGCUGGCGAAGAUUGAGAAGGAGCUCAAGGCCAAAGGAACUCCUAGUGCUGGGAAAGACAAGAAAGAGUAGACGCCCUGCUGGCGUACGAGGCGAGGGGUCAGACGUUGCUUAGCCAAGGCGUUCCCUGAACUAUGGACACUAGUGUUAUUGUCAAUCUAAAUUCCGCACCUCGAUUUUAAGCUUGGUGUCGAGCUAUCUAGGAAUUGGAUGGUGGUACUUGAAUAAAUCAUCGACACCAAGUGCUACUUGUAGUAGUACUUGUUGAAGUUUUGAUUAGUUUGUGUAUUAAAAUUUUAGUGAUGAACUAUUAUUUACUAAUAAUAAGUAAGCUCAGCG